UUAUCUUUGUCGACAUGGAAACAUCGAUCUUUGGCUUUUGGAUGUUUAUUCUGAUGUUCAACCCAGCUUUACCUAUGUGUGUACCAUCUGACUUCACUCUGUUUGUAGAGGAACCCGAGUGUAACUUCUGCGUGGCAAUCAACACCACAAUUUGCAUGGGAUAUUGUCGCACAAAGGACAGUAUUGUGAGGGAUGAAGUUGGCCCAUUGUUGAACCAGAAAAGCUGUACAUAUGAGAAAGUGGAGUACCACACUGCCCGGCUCCCAGGCUGUGCUGAUAAUGCUGUGUUUACCUAUCCUGUGGCCCUGAGCUGCCACUGUGGUGUCUGCAGGACGGAGAACCACGAGUGUGCCCACAGAAAUAACCCUGGCUUGCAACGCCUGGGACAGUCCAGUUGUACUAAACCAGUUUGGCACAUUUACCCAUAUCUGGGUCAGAGUGAUUACUCUAUCCCUUUCUAAUAUUGUUUCUGCAUCUG